AUGCAACCAUACAUUUCUUCUUUUGUGUUGCAUCGCAUUUUCUUAAAUCGGGAGAUACAUAUAUCAACAGGAAGACUCGAAAUAUAUUUAUAAUCCGUGUUGGUGGAAGACAAGUUAUCAUCUUUGGCUAACUUACAUUAAUUAAAUUUGUGUAGAACCACUUGAAGACCAUCGCAAGAGAAUUGCAUUCGCGUGCUUUACUGGAACUGCAAUCUCAAACCUCAAUUAAUAAAGGCCAAGGCGAGAGUCAUCGGACAACGACGACAACAACGAGAGUACCUUUGAGCAUUUGUUUAGCUCUUUUAUUUCGUUUGGAACGGAAGCGGUCCCCACUCUUUCGCUUAUGUACGGCUGCUGUUGUAAUCGCGCAAAAAGGUAGUGAAUCAGCUUUUUCAUCGCAGUGGAGCACUUCAGUCUUUGUGUGUCCGCGAAAUGCAAUAGUUGAUUAGUUCAGUUUUAAUAUUUUUCAAAUUCAACGCAAGCCGAAAUACAUUUCUGUGGCCCGUUUGCUGACCUGCAAAAGAAAAGUGUUCGGUAGAAACAGUUCAAAUAAGUUGAAAAAAAAACCUUGUGCCUUAGCAUUUUUUGCGAAAGUAGAGCAAAAUGAAUCGACCACUUAUAGUUACAGCUUUGCUGUCAAUUGUUGUCUUGAUAGUUGCCGUCGACACUGCAAAAGGUAGUCCUUCUUCUGCCGACAUCGACUUAAGCCAAAUAAAUGUUAAUGACCUGCAACAAAAACUACCACCAGAGUUGGCCAACACUAAUCUGACGCUGGACGAUGCAAAGACUCUUGUUCGCGACAAAUGUGUUUCAGUAGCAGGCAAGGAAAAAGGCGAGGCGGCUUAUAAUGAAAUAGAAAACGCUGUUUCAACACUGUCAGAUUGCGCUACAAAUAUAUUGAAUUUUACUGCCAUUCAAGCGGAAAUUGAUGAGGCAAGCCCUAAGGGCGAACUUGAUGUCGUAUUCAACAAAUAUUGUAACAAACAACCUGAAGCUCUUAACUGUAUUGAAACAUUCAACAGCAAGUUAGCAGCAUGCUUGGAUAAGGAUGAAAAAGAGCAUCAGGAAGUGUUCAUGCGCAUCGUGCGUAGUCUUCUAAGUUUCGUAUGCCAUAAAGGAGGCGACCAAAUAGCCCUCUUUAUUGCAGAGAAAGGGCCAGAAUGUCUGGACUCGAAAAAGGACGACAUACAAAACUGCAUAAAUAGCACAUUUUCAGGGUACGUCCCACAGAAUGGACUCAGUGACAUCAAACAACUGCCCAAAUUUGUGAUGGGUACCAAACAAUGUGAAGAAAUGGAGGAUCUAGAAAAGUGUAUUGUACAGAAAUUGGAGAAAUGCAGUGAAAUCACUCCUGCUAACAUUGUUGAAUCAAUGUUCCGCUUCAUUAAAAAUGAAACGAUAUGCCACAAUACUCCCCGUGUAGCGAAACAAUCAUCAAUGACUAGUGGUGUUUGUGGCGGUGUGAUGUUCCAACAGCUUGGUAUCGUAUCAUGGCUUUUUGCUGCCAGUUUAUUCUAUCAACUCGUAAAACGUAUACAGGCGUAGGCAUAUCAUAUCAGCGGAUUCAACUAAAUUGUAAUGCGGUGUACAAAAACAACCCUUUAAUACGUGAUUGCACUAUAUACUCCCCUUCUACAUAUACGUAGCUUUUAAUUUUUGUUUUUUAAACGAACUCGUAAUUGCACAUCUAAUGCGGAUGUAUUUAGUGUACUAAGUGAAAAGAUUGUAAACAGGGUAUUUUGAAAAUUGACUGGCUAAGAAACUUUACGCAUUCACACACUUUCUCGGUGUUAAAUAUUAUAUUAUAAUUCGCGCUCUACAAUUACCCUGUACUAUGUAUACUGUAUAUUAUUUAUGCCCUUAUUACUUUUUUAAGAUAAACAUUUUAAAUAUACUUACAUAAUAUCAAUUUAUAUAAGUCAUUUUUAUUUCUAUUUGCAAAUAUUGCCCACAAAAUCUCAUCGCUAAUAAGUAAAAUAAUAAAAUUUGAGUGUAGAGGUUAAUGGUUUUUAUACAAAACGCCUCUUUAUAUUAUUUGUCGAAAUUGGUUAUAAAAAACAAAAUUAAAAUGUUUCGAUCCCUAAGACACCACAAUAGAACUAUGCAAGAUCGAAUAACCUACAUAUAUAUUGUAUUGAACCGAGAUAGCUGCGAUAACACACUGAAUCUAAACGAUUAAAUAUAAUGUAUACAAAAUACAAUAAUAAUAUAUACAUAUGUACAUAUUUGAUGUGCAAAAAUUAUUAAGUGUGUAUUUAUAAUUAAGUAGAUGGUUUGUACUUUUGUUAGUAACUAAGUGUAAAGUGUAACUAAUUAGUAUUUCUGUAAUUGAAGUCGAUUUAUUUGAAUAAAGCGGUAUAUACUAUUA